UAGAUAGUCACUAUUUGGAAGUGAUAACAAUGCAUUUAUUUAAAAGAUCAUCUGCUCUAUUAUACCCUCUUUUCGCACUUAAAGCCACGGAGGGAGUGCUACAGCAGGGGGCCCGAUGAGAAGACGAUUCUGAGUUCACAGGCCUCUCUGGAUGAGUUUUCCCACUGCAGCCAAAAAAAGACAAUCACAUUAAGUCAGUGGGAGUUCAGGAGACUCCAACAGAAGAGCUUUAUUUGUAUAACACAGCAAAAAUGCAUACAUUUUUUCUGUUUACUUAUGUUUUGCGUUUUUUGAUGACUUGGGUGUCUGUCUCUUUCAGUUUUGGUGACACAUACUGUACCCACCUCUGAUAAAUAAUACAAAAUAGGAAUAAUUGGAAUUUAUCUCCCAAAAUUCGGCAUUUCAAUAAUCAUUUCUAUUCAUUUUAUAUAAAUAUAUCAUCCACAUCGCACAUAGAAUAUCCCAUUUAACAAGUUCCACCUAAUAAGAUUUGUUUUCUUGAAGCAGUAUUAUUAUACAUUGUGGAAAGAAGUUACUUAGGCCUUGGCAGAGGUCCACCUUAUCAUGAUGAUCUUGUUACUUAAUGUGCUUAGCAGUGGCGUCCUCAAAGAAGCUAAGAACAGAAGGUAACAGGCACCCAAACGCACCUUUACGCCUUCGGAUGGCUCACAGGAGGCUGACCUGUGACUCUUGCGGCAAUGAGAAUGGGCGCUCGGUGGGCAACAAGCUCUCCACAUCCAACGGAAGCAACAUUAAGGACAAGAUUUCUCUUUGGGAGGGAAAGGAACCCUCGAAGAGGAUGGCUAAGCAGAGUGAGGACCAUAUGGAAAAUGGCGGCGGAGUGGUUAAAUACAACAUAAGGAAAUGUGGAGACAGACAGCAAUUAGAAUUAAAGAAUGCAGCCAGUGAUGAACUGAAGGAAAAUGUGGGAAAGCUCAGGGAUUCAAGACCUUGUUCACCCAAUGACAACGAGGGGAAGAGAGCAGUCUUCACCCUUUUUAAAAAGCUGGACGCCAUGGAUCAUGGUAAAACUCCUCCAGAGCUGGGAAACUAUUUCAGCCCACCAAGCAAAGACAAGCAAGCAAGGAGGAAAGACCUGACGGAACCUUCUGGAAAGCCUCCUGUUAACCCAGUCCCUAAACCGGAGCGCACCUUCCAGCAUCCGGUCACCAGAGGGCAGAGGAAGCUACCCCCACUGCCAAAAACAUCCCCAAGACAUCCACCUGCUGUUAACAAGAAGCCACUUGAGUGUGAGGACAUCCCAGGUUCAAGUCACCCCGUCUGUCCCUCACGGACUCAGGAGCAUCACUAUGAAGACAUCCUAGAUGCGUUCAAAGACAACCCAUAUGAAGACAUUGAGUUGGAGAGUCAGUGCUCCCAGCAGUCUUUGCCGUCGUCUCCUGGUGCAGACACAAGCAAGGUUUCAAGACCAGGCUUUUUUAGGAAGAAUUCAGAUCGGAGUUUCAAGCUGCUGGACCUGCGUCGAGCCACCCAGCAAACCCACGGUAGCGGUGGUGUUUCAUCUCCGACCCAGCUCAGCCCCCCGUCCACCCCAACUGAGCAUGGACCCUGGCUUUCCGGGGAGUCCUCCAGUCGCAGGAUACCAACGGUGGUACUGAGGAUAAACGGCAUCUUUGAGGCUCGGAUUGGGAAGAAACAUCUCAGGAGGAUUUAUCAUUAUGCUGAGACGAGCUCCGGGAGAGUGACCGAUGAAAACAGCGACUCCGAGAGUGAAUUUGAAGAGCGAGCCAAAGCCCAUCGCCAGCGUCUGGUCUCAGUCCAGUCCAUACUGAGCCGGCCAGGCUACAAUCACGUCGAGGGCAACGGUACCAAAGCCGGGAGAGGCUUGCUGGAUAAUCAACAUCGCCAGCUCUUUGAGUUCUUCCUGGUUGUGUCGCUGCAGAGGUCAAAAGCAGGCAGCCAUUAUGUGCCGGAGGUCAAGCAGCAGUUUCCUCCAAAGCUGGAGCGAAACUUCAAACUCAUGAAGGAGACGGAAGAUCAGCUGAGGAUUAUUCCCAAAUUUUGCUUCCCUGAUGCCAAAGACUGGGAGCCGGUGGAGAGCUACCCAAGUGAGAUGUUCUCCUUUGUAUUGACUGGGGAGGAUGGGAGCAGGCGCUUUGGAUACUGCAGACGUUUACUGCCUCGUGGAAAAGGAAAGCGUCUUCCAGAGGUCUACUGCAUUGUUAGUUGUCUUGGCUGUUUUAACCUGUUCUCUAAGGUACUGGAUGAAGUGGAGAGGCGGAGGGCUCUCUCUCCCGCUCUGGUGCAGCCCUUCAUGCGAGCCAUCAUGGAAGCUCAGUUUCCAGCUCCGGGCAGAACCAUCACCAUCAAAACAUUCCUCCCUGGCUGUGGUACUGAGGUGAUGGAGCUAUGCCGACCAUGUGACUCCCACUUGGAACACGUGGACUUUGAUUGUCUUUUCUCCUGCCUAAGUCUGAGGCUGCUUCUCAGGGUGUUUGGUUCUUUGCUACUGGAGCGCAGGGUCAUCUUUACUGCUGACAAACUGAGGUUCGGACCGAUUUCAGGAUCAUCACGACAUCCUUGCACCCUGUCCCAGUGCUGCCAUGCUGUGAUGGCGCUCCUCUACCCUUUCGUAUGGCAGCACACAUACAUCCCUGUACUACCCUCCGCCAUGCUCGACAUCGUGUGCACCCCAACCCCUUUCAUCGUGGGCCUGCUGUCCAGCUGCUUGCCACAGCUCCCUGCGCUACCCCUGGAGGAGGUUCUUGUUGUUGAUCUCGGGAAAAGUCGCUUUUUAAGACAGCUGGAUGAUGAAGACUCCAUCCUGCCUUCUAAACUCCAAGCUGCCUUGGAAAAUGUUCUGGAGAGGAGACAAGAGCUUUCUAACGACCAUCUCAGCACUGUUGUGUCCGAGGCCUUUGUGCGCUUCUUCGUGGAGCUGGUAGGACACUACCCUCUCUUCUUCUUUGAGGACGACGUCUCCUCUGCCUCCCCUUUCCGAAGGUCCCCCGUCCUUUUCUCCUUCCAGCGGGAGGCCUUCCGGAAGGCUGUGCCCUCAAAGACGGUGCGGCAUUUCCUGGAGAUCUUCAUGGAGACGCAGAUGUUUGGAUGCUUCAUACAGGAGAGGGAGGUCCAGGGACCCAACCACAGAGGCUGCAGAAUGUAAUAAACAGAAAAGGGCUGGAACAAGGCUACUCUGACAAAUAUUGUCUUUGGAUGGCAGCCAGAUAAUUGUACUGGUGACUGCGCCAGAGGCAAAGCUCAUCCAAGUGCUCUGGAGUGGGCUUGAGUGUUGUUUUGGACAAGGAGGCACAAGAGGAUUGGCCAAUGGCUCCCUGCAAGACACAAUGUUUCAAACCAUUUAAGACUGAAUAGCGAUGAAACUAACCUGAAUUGUGUUCAUUCCUGAUCAUUCAUAAGGUAUUAUGUUGCAUUUUAGCUCCAUUCUGGCAGCGCGUGCGCUUUUCACUACAAUCAAACGAUUUACUAUGCUGAAAAACAGAGAAACACAACGUAACUCAUGCUAAUUAGUCUCGCAGGUUCCUCAAUAAAAAUAAAAACAAUCUAGCCUGUGAGGUGCUGGGAGGGAUUCCUCCUGGAAACACGCCGUUUUGUGUGUCCGUCGCUUUAAUGCUAAUGAGCUGUGUUAGUCCAUAGCUGAGGGCACUUUAUCCACUUUUUACAUAUACACUGUAACUCUGCACUGGUCCAACGUAAUAGAUGCCAUAUAUCACAUACAGCAUUAAGGAGUGGGACACACAUGUUACAAGUGCUAACAUUACACUCACAUUUUAACAGCAACAUCAUGCUGGGUUAGCGCCCACAGCACCCACUUGUGUCAGAGCGCCAGGCUUUAUUUUAAGAUGUGCAGUGAAACGCGACUCUUCUCUCAGAAGUGAAGGAAAUGAUUAGGGCUGUCAAAUGAAUAAAAUGUUUAAUCAGAUUAAUCAUGGUUUUUCAAAUUAAUUAAUCAUGUACAUCACCAUUUGCGACCAGGUCUGAAAUAUGCCCAUUUUUCCUGUAUACUAUUGAAAGAGAGAUAAAUUGUAUUAGGGAUGCUCCAAUCAGGGUUUUAUGCUAUUUCAUGCUAUUUGCCAGGGGUGCCAUAAAAAGGGGAAAAGUCGGGACAAUUCCAAGGUCUCUUGACUGCCAAGGGGCCCAAAAAUAGGUAAUUACUAAUAAUAUUAGUAAUUAAUUAAUGGUGGGUCGUGAGCCUCCAAAACUCACUAUACUCCGUCCACUUUGUUCUUCAAAUUAAAGCUUUUUUACGUGCCAGGCCCGCCAGGAAUUUCUCCCGGCAUUAGCAGUUAGCUUCCAUACGGCAGACAUGAUUGUUUUUGUUUAGAAGGAAGUGGGAGGACGACACUGCCAAAGACGCUAGUUAGGUCAAGACACUACACUGCACGAAAGGGUCAGUUGCAAUAGUGCUAGCCACAGGUGAUCAUUUUUUGCCGGCGUUUUAUUGGUUAUGCAUAUUUUUUACGGAAAUCGGCCGAUACGGAUCGGUGGCCGAUCGAUCGGAGCAUCCCUAAUUUGCAUGUAUUAACAGCUUCAAAUUAAAUGAAAAUUAAAAUCAAGCUAUAGGAUAGCACACAUGUCUGAACAUCUACAGGUAUUUACCUAACACUACUUUCUUUAAUAUUAGCCAAACAUUUGAAUCACACUUAAACCUUGUUAUUAUGAGCAAUGAGGGGUUGCGUUCAAUGACACCAUGUUAUUUGAGUAGAAUUCACAUGUUUUGAGUGUAUUUUUUGAGAACUGUAUACUUACAGUAAAUGCAGCAAAUUGUACUUCCGCAU